AUGCCACCUGGGGCUGCAGAAGGGAACCUGAAGCCAACUGAGGGAAGUCUGCAUGAAGGGCAUGCCCCUGGUACAGAAACUGCCACCAGUUCUGACGUCAAGUCCUCCAAUUUGCACAACGCCAGUGGCAUAGACAGUGGUCCCCUCCCCACAGUUGCCAAUGGCCAUGACGACGUGGAUGCUUCAGCAGUGGGCCGGCCUGAAGCCCAGCACGAUGGCAAGCAAGCAGGGCCCUCAAUGAGGGAGUACCGUGCAGAACCUGUCCAGUACAUAAGCCAGCAGGAAAUUGACACUGAGCCUAUGCUGUGGGCAUCGGUGCCUGGUGAGGGACUGGAAGAGGCCUUGCGCCCCACAAGUGCCAGUGGCAAAAAGAAACGCGGGCUGGACGAGGCGGUGGCGGCUACCGCUGGGAAGAAGAAAAAACUCAAGGCGUCCAAGGCUGUGUCAAAGCUGAUGAACAAAUGGACAGCUGUGAGGGAGCAGGAGAAGGCAGUUGAAAAGGGAAAGGAAGAGGAGGAGUUCGAUCCUGCUGCGCUGGAGAAGAAGAAGCUUCAGCGGAUCCAGAAAUGGAAAAAUGAGCAGCUGCAGUCGGCAGAGUCCCAGGCGAACGCAAAUUUUCAGCCUUUGACAGGGGACUGGCGCCAGCGAGUAAAACAGGCAAAAGGGAAGCGACAACAGCAGGAGAAGCAUGCGGAUAAGCAGGAGGGCGCUGUGAGCGCCACGGCCAAUGAAGCGCGCCUGGAGGCACUCUCGAAGGGGCUGAAGCCAGGCUGGAUUGCUUGUCUAGACCAGGAUUCUGGUGAAGUGUACUACGGAAACAUGGAGACGAAGGAGACGUCAUGGACCAGGCCGGAGUCGUGA